CUAAACUUUGCCGACCUCAGCUCAUAUCCACACAACCAGACACAUACUGCAGCCAUUUCAAAGCAGAGCAGCAGACGCGAUACCAGGUUGCCGACCACUGCUCCACUCGAGAGUGACUCUUGUUUGGUCCAAACUCAUCGUGCUCCACUCGAGAGUGACUCUUGUUUUGUCCAAAAUCAUCGUAAGCAGCUGAUCGCCUCGUUGCAAGCUUCCGCGUCGUUGUAAAUGGACCCAGCGAAGAUUCGCCCCUCGUCCGCGUACAACACCCCCUACUGGACCACCAACAGCGGUGCGCCGGUAUGGAACAACAACAACUCCAUGACAGUGGGGACGCGCGGUCCCAUCCUCCUGGAGGACUACCACCUGGUUGAGAAGCUGGCGCAGUUCGACCGGGAGCGCAUCCCCGAGCGCGUCGUGCACGCCCGCGGCGCUGCGGCAAAGGGCUUCUUCGAGGUGACGCACGACAUCUCAGCCCUGACGGCGGCCGACUUCCUGCGCGCGCCGGGCGUGCAGACGCCCGUCAUCGUGCGCUUCUCCACUGUGGUGCACGAGCGCGGCUCGCCCGAGACCCUCCGCGACCCUCGCGGCUUCGCGGUCAAGUUCUACACACGUGAGGGCAAUUUCGACAUGGUCGGCAACAACAUGCCGGUGUUCUUCAUCCGCGACGGCAUGAAGUUCCCGGACAUGGUUCACGCCUUCAAGCCCAACCCCAAGAGCCACAUCCAGGAGGCCUGGCGCAUUAUGGACUUCCUGUCGCACCACCCCGAGUCAUGCCACAUGCUGACGUUCCUGCUGGACGACGCCGGCAUCCCGCUCAACUACCGCCACAUGCCGGGCUUUGGCGUGCACACCAUGAAGCUGAUCAACAAGGCCGGCCGCGAGACGUAUGUCAAGUUCCACUGGGUGCCCAAGUGCGGCGAGAAGUACCUGCUGGACGACGAGGCGGUGAUGGUGGGCGGAGCCAACCACAGCCACGCCACCAAGGACCUGUUCGACGCCAUCGCAGCGGGCGACUACCCGGAGUGGGCGCUCAUGGUACAGACCAUGGACCCCGCGGACGAGGACAAGUUUGACUUUGACCCUCUGGACGUGACCAAGACCUGGCCCGAGUCGCUGUUCCCCAUGCAGCCGGUGGGCCGCAUGGUGCUCAACCGCAACGUGGACAACUUCUUCAACGAGAAUGAGCAGGUGGCCUUCUGCCCCGCCAUCAUCGUGCCGGGCAUCGGCUACAGCGAUGACAAGCUGCUGCAGACGCGCAUCUUCUCCUACGCCGACACGCAGCGGCACCGGCUGGGCCCCAACUACCUACUGCUGCCGGUGAACGCGCCGCGCGCCCCCCACCACAACAACCACCACGAGGGCUUCAUGAACUUCAUGCACCGCGACGAGGAAAUCAACUACUUCCCCAGCAGGUUUGACCCGGUGCGCAACGCGGAGCGGGUGGCUGCCGUGUCGAGUGCGCCGCUGUCUGGGCGCCGCGAGAAGAUGGUGAUCGCCAAGGAGAACAACUUCAUGCAGGCCGGCGCUCGCUGGCGCGCGUUCGACGCGGCGCGGCAGGAGCGGUUUGUGGUGCGGGUGGCGGACAUGCUGGCGGACCCCCGCUGCACGCAGGAGAUCCGGCGCAUCUGGGUGGGCUACUGGUCCCAGGCCGACCCGCAGCUGGGCGCGCGCAUUGCCGCCAAGCUGCAGGGCCGCGGCUGCCUGUAGGUGGCCGGUACAAUCAGAUGGUAUGGCCUGGUGCUGGCAAAUUGUGUCAGCUGCCGUGUGAAGGGUGGACACCCUGGGUUGUACAGUGAACGGGACAGUAACCGGGAACAUGUUUAGGGAGCCCAUCCGAUUGAUGGUAGGCUUGGCAGGAGGCUGCAGGAAAACUGAUCGUCAUUAGCACAGAGCGAGGUAGCCCAGGCUGGAGAUGAUGUGUUGCUGACUGCUCCGUGCACUGCGUAAUGUACAUGUUGUCAUGUAAGCUAUAAGCCGCUGCAGUAGAAGCCGAAAGUGGGCUGAGCCCCUGACGUGCUUGAAAAAACGCAACACGCACAAGUGAACAUGACGUUGUAGACCCAAUAUUACGGUAC